UCCCAGCAUCCUCCAGUGCAAGAUGGCGUCGCGGGAAUCCGUACCACGGGCUCUCUGAGGGAGCGCCGAGCUACUGCGUCCGCCGCCGGGUUCCAGCCCCUCGUUGCUCCACGAGAAAGCAGAGGCCGAGCCGGGCGGGUGCGAUGGCCGCUGUGGUGGCCAAGCGGGAGGGGCCGCCGUUCAUCAGCGAGGCCGCUGUGCGGGGCAACGCCGCCGUCCUGGAUUACUGCCGGACCUCCGUGUCGGCGCUGUCAGGGGCCACGGCCGGCAUCCUCGGCCUCACCGGCCUCUACGGCUUCAUCUUCUACCUGCUCGCCUCCAUCCUGCUCUCCCUGCUCUUAAUUCUCAAGGCGGGAAGGAGGUGGAACAAAUAUUUUAAGUCGCGAAGACCUCUCUUUACAGGAGGUCUCAUCGGAGGCCUCUUCACCUACGUCCUGUUCUGGACAUUCCUCUACGGCAUGGUGCACGUCUACUGAAACGUGGGCAGGGAUGACUUAAAAAAAAAAAAACAGAUUGGGAGGACUGUUGCCAGAAAUUAACACCAGGUAGACUUACCUAGUUUUUAAAUUGUUGGAGUCGCCGCUUGUCCUGUAACGUUAUAAAUAAUUUAUAUCUUAAGACGAAGAGCCUGUACUGUUCUACAGAUUAAAUGAAGCGUGAGACCCUUUGUGGAGUUUUCUUCCUACCUUAACGCGUACCCCCUGUCUGCCAUGGGUGCAAAAUCGCCCGGUAUUGACUCCGGGAGAACUGCGACUGCGCCUUAGUUUUCUGUCCUUUCCUUGCAUUUAUACAUAGGCCCCUCAGAGAGGGGCCACUAGGGCCUGAAUAAGGAGAGAACUUACCGUUAACAUCCUGAGAACUAAUAACAGUUAAUAUUUAUUAAGUGCGCCUUGUAUGCCAAGCAUUGUACCUUGUACCUUUUACACUCGUUACUUCGUUAAUUCUCGCAAUGUCCUUAUGGAGUAGAUGUGAUUAUUAUUCCCCAGUGAUGAACCUGAGGCUCAGAGAGGCUACAUACCUCUGCCAGAGGAGGCACAGCUGGGAAGAGGCCGAGCCAGGAUUCAAAUCCCUUCAGAUGGAGCCCUAGAGGAGACAGGGAGGGAAGCCGAGCAGGGACACUGCAAGCCCCACAGAACAGCAGGAGCCGAACCACACAGGCAGAUGCAUCUCCCAUCUGGGCCCAGCUCCCCACUGGAGGCUGCCAAUUGCUGAGUCAGCAGAGAAUGGAAGCUCGAAGCAGAGGGCAGCCAGCCACAGGGAGAGAAACUGAGGCCCAAGGCGGCCUGGGACUGGUCCAAAGUCACCUGGGGAGACAGUGGCAGGGCCAGGCCUGGAAACCAGGUCUCCUGCCCGUGGCCUGGGUGGUCUUGUCUUCUGCCAGCUGCUCUGAAGUAGCAUCCAGUUUUGUAGAGCCGGUACUCGGAACAUUCCGCCUUACCCAGCCCUUCCAAGGGAGCUCCCCGUAUUCAGCCCUGCCUCUACCCCGCAAACGCCGACAUAAAACCAGG